GUUGAUGAUGGUAACACUUUUGUUUAGCCCUUAGUUGCCUAGUUUCGUUCUUUUCCCUAAGAUUUGCCAUGUCAUCAAAGUCUUCAGCAAAGAAAAAGGCUUCUACACCUACUGCCUCAUCUCCUGAGCAAAAAAAGGUCAAGAUUCCCAAAUCAUUUAUUAGUAGACCUUCCAUUGAUAGUAUUAAGUCAUGUACAAAGAUUUUCAUUAAUCCAGAGAUAUUUGAAGCUUCAGAGUUGUCUAAGGGAAAUUUCAUACAUGUAUCUAAAACAGAUGCAUCAGAUCUCGGUAUCUUGGGUUUAGCGUAUCCAAAUGAAGAUAUAUUAGACAAGAAUAUCAUACAAAUAUCUUCCAGCUUAAGAGGGUUAGGUGGAAUCUUGUUAGGAGAUAGACUACAAUUCACCAAGUUUUCAAAGCAACCGGAGUACGCCAAAUCUGUUUCCAUCAGCCUAUCAGACAUUGAAGCUGAACUUCCAAUUCAAGGUAAACUCCUACAAGGAAUCGAAAAAGCAUUAGAUGAAGUUGGAUUGAUUUUCCCUGGAAUGGAAAUUUACAAAGUCAAUUUACCUACAAGUGAUCAAGAUGAUUCCGAAACCACUAGUGUUACUUUGAGGAUAAUGGACAUUAAUCAUGAUACACCAAUUGAAGAAUCCUUAAGUAAACUUUCUCUUUACGAUGAUGAAGGCUCUGUUUCCCCAAUUAGCACAGUAUCACCAGCAUACUUGUUUUAUAAAGGCAAAUCAACAGUUUUUGAACAUACACUGAAUGAUCCAUUAAGCUCCAAAUACCCCAACUUACCUCAACGUUUGAAUUUUGGUCAAGUGGGUGGUCUCUCCAAAGAAAUUUCAUUACUCCAAUCUACUAUCCAAUUGCCCCUUCAUAAUCCUACAUUGUUUUCAGACUUUGGAAUAUCACCCCCAAGAGGAAUUCUAUUGCACGGGCCUCCAGGAACUGGUAAGACCAUGUUAUUAAGAUGUGUUGCAACUCAAACUAAUGCACACAUUUUAACAGUAAAUGGUCCUUCAAUUGUUUCAAAAUAUUUAGGGGAAACUGAAAAUGCUAUUAGAGAUAUAUUUCAAGAAGCAAAAAGAUUUCAACCCGCAAUCGUUUUCAUGGAUGAGAUUGAUUCAUUGGCGCCAAAUCGUAAUUCUGAUGACAGCGGCGAGACAGAAUCAAGGGUUGUAGCCACUUUGCUUACUAUGAUGGAUGGUAUGGGUGACACCGGAAAAAUUGUUGUCGUUGGUGCCACUAACAGGCCAAAUUCGAUUGAUCCAGCUUUGAGAAGACCUGGAAGAUUUGAUCAAGAAGUGGAGAUUGGAAUACCUGAUGUUGAGGCCAGAAAAGAUAUCUUAGCAAAGCAAUUUGCUAAAAUGAAUUCAAACAAAUACACUUUGACUGAACAAGAUAUUGUGGCAGUAGCCAGUAAAACCCAUGGUUAUGUGGGAGCAGAUCUAACUGCAUUAUGCCGUGAAUCAGUUAUGAAGGCUAUUAAUAGAGGGCUUAAGUCGGGUGUUGAUCAAAAAGAACUUAAAUUAGAUUUACAAGACGUUGAAGAUGCAUUACCAGAUAUAAGGCCUUCAGCUAUGAGAGAAAUUUUUUUGGAAAUGCCUAAAGUUUAUUGGUCCGAUAUUGGAGGUCAAGAAGAAUUGAAACAGAAACUCACUGAAGUAGUUCAACUACCUUUAGAAGCAGCCGCAUCCUUUAGUUCCUUAGGUAUUACUGCACCAAAAGGUGUUUUGUUAUAUGGACCUCCUGGCUGUUCCAAAACCCUUACUGCAAAAGCCCUUGCAACAGAAUCAGGAUUGAAUUUCCUUGCAGUUAAGGGUCCAGAAAUAUUUAAUAAAUAUGUUGGUGAAUCAGAGCGUACAAUUAGAGAAAUUUUUAGAAAAGCAAGAGCUGCUUCACCAUCUAUUAUAUUUUUCGAUGAAAUUGAUGCUAUUUCAGGAGAUCGUGAAAGCGGUGCAGCUACUACUUCAUCUGCUCAGCAUGUUUUAACAUCUUUAUUAAAUGAAAUUGAUGGUGUUGAAGAAUUAAAAGGUGUUGUGAUAGUUGCUGCCACCAAUCGUCCAACCGAAAUUGAUCCAGCUUUAUUAAGACCUGGUAGAUUGGACCGUCAUAUUUAUGUUGCACCUCCAGAUUAUGAAGCUAGAUUACAAAUUUUAACUCAAAAAAGCAAAAAGUUCAAUAUGGGUGAGAGCAGUGAAGACUUUUUGAAAUCGUUAGCUUUUUCAACUGAGGGUUGUUCAGGAGCUGAAGUAGCCUUGUUAUGUCAAGAAGCCGGGUUAUCAGCUAUAAUGGAAGAUAAACAGAGUACCAAAGUUGAAGAAAGACACUUUUUACAUGCAUUAAAUGGAAUUACCAAGAAUAUUACACCACAAAUGCUUGAUUAUUAUGAAGAAUUUUCUAAAAGAGGAGGAUUGAACGUAUAAUUAAUUAACAUCAAGAAUUCUAUAUACCAAUUAAAGAAACAUUAUAAAUAGUAAAAGUAA